AUGAGCCAUACCACGACGGAGCCAUGUCUGAAUUCCACGUCUUCCGAAACUACCACGGAGCCAUGUGAGACCACGACGGAUCCAUUUGAGACUACCACGGAGCCAUGUCUGAAUUCCACGUCUUCCGAAACUACCACAGAACCCUGUGAGGCCACGACGGAGCCAUGUCUGAAUUCCACGUCUUCGGAAACGACGAAUGAGCCAUGUGACACCACGACGGAGCCGUGUCUGAAUUCCACGUUUUCGGAAACUACCACGGAGCUAUUUGAGACCACGACGGAGCCAUGUCUGAAUUCCACGUCUUCCGAAACUACCACGGAGCCAUGUGAGACCACGACGGAUCCAUUUGAGACUACCACGGAGCCAUGUCUGAAUUCCACGUCUUCCGAAACUACCACAGAACCCUGUGAGGCCACGACGGAGCCAUGUCUGAAUUCCACGUCUUCGGAAACGUCGACUGAGCCAUAUGAGACCACACGGAGCCAUGUGAGACCACGACGGAGCCAUACCACGACGGAGCCAUUUGAGACUACCACGGAGCCAUGUCUGAAUUCCACGUCUUCUGAAACUACCACAGAACCCUGUGACACCACGACGGAGCCAUGUCUGAAUUCCACGUCUUCGGAACCGACGAAUGAGCCAUGUGAGACCACGAUGGAUCCAUUUGAGACUACCACGGAGCCAUGCCACGACGGAGUCAUGUCUGAAUUCCACGUCUUCGAAACGACGACUGAGCCAUAUGAGACCACGACGGAGCCAUGUGAGACUACCACGGAGCCAUGUCUGAAUUCCACGUCUUCUGAAACUACCACAGAACCCUGUGACACCACGACGGAGCCAUGUCUGAAUUCCACGUCUUCAAAAACGACGAAUGAGCCAUGUGAGACCACGACGGAUCCAUUUGAGACUACCACGGAGCCAUGUGAGACUACCACGGAGCCAUGUCUGAAUUCCACGUCUUCUGAAACGACGACUGAGCCAUGUGAGACCACGACGGAUCCAUUUGAGACUACCACGGAGCCAUGUCUGAAUUCCACGUCUUCGGAAACGACGACUGAGCCAUGUGAGACCACGACGGAGCCAUGUAAGACUAAUACGGAGCCAUUUCUAAAUUCCACGUCUUCGGAAACGACGAAUGAGCCAUGUGAGACCACGACGGAUCCAUGUCUGAAUGCCACGUCUUCAAAAACGACGAAUGAGCCAUGUGAGACCACGACGGAUCCAUUUGAGACUACCACGGAGCCAUGUGAGACUACCACGGAGCCAUGUCUGAAUUCCACGUCUUCGGAAACGACGACUGAGCCAUAUGAGACCACGACGGAGCCAUGUGAGACUACCACGGAGUCAUGUCUGAAUUCCACGUCUUCGGAAACGACGACUGAGCCAUAUGAGACCACGACGGAGCCAUGUGAGACUACCACGGAGCCAUGUCUGAAUUCCACGUCUUCUGAAACUACCACAGAACCCUGUGACACCACGACGGAGCCAUGUCUGAAUUCCACACCACGACGGAUCCAUUUUGAGACUACCACGGAGCCAUGUGAGACUACCACGGAGCCAUGUCUGAAUUCCACGUCUUCGGAAACGACGACUGAGCCAUAUGAGACCACGACGGAGCCAUGUGAGACUACCACGGAGUCAUGUCUGAAUUCCACGUCUUCGGAAACGACGACUGAGCCAUAUGAGACCACGACGGAGCCAUGUGAGACUACCACGGAGCCAUGUCUGAAUUCCACGUCUUCUGAAACUACCACAGAACCCUGUGACACCACGACGGAGCCAUGUCUGAAUUCCACGUCUUCAAAAACGACGAAUGAGCCAUGUGAGACCACGACGGAUCCAUUUGAGACUACCACAGAACCCUGUGACACCCGACGGAGCCAUACCACGACGGAUCCAUUUGAGACUACCACGGAGCCAUGUCUGAAUUCCACGUCUUCGGAAACGACGACUGAGCCAUGUGAGACCACGACGGAGCCAUGUAAGACUAAUACGGAGCCAUUUCUAAAUUCCACGUCUUCGGAAACGACGAAUGAGCCAUGUGAGACCACGACGGAUCCAUGUCUGAAUGCCACGUCUUCAAAAACGACGAAUGAGCCAUGUGAGACCACGACGGAUCCAUUUGAGACUACCACGGAGCCAUGUGAGACUACCACGGAGCCAUGUCUGAAUUCCACGUCUUCUGAAACUACCACAGAACCCUGUGACACCACGACGGAGCCAUGUCUGAAUUCCACGUCUUCGGAAACGACGACUGAGCCAUGUGAGACCACGACGGAGCCAUGUAAGACUACCACGGAGCCAUGUCUAAAUUCCACGUCUUCGGAAACGACGAAUGAGCCAUGUGAGACCACGACGGAGCCAUUUGAGACUACCACGGAGCCAUGUCUGAAUUCCACGUCUUCUGAAACUACCACAGAACCCUGUGACACCACGACGGAGCCAUGUCUGAAUUCCACGUCUUCGGAACCGACGAAUGAGCCAUGUGAGACCACGAUGGAUCCAUUUGAGACUACCACGGAGCCAUGUCUGAAUUCCACGUCUUCCGAAACUACCACAGAACCCUGUGAGGCCACGACGGAGUCAUGUCUGAAUUCCACGUCUUCGGAAACGACGACUGAGCCAUAUGAGACCACGACGGAGCCAUGUGAGACUACCACGGAGCCAUGUCUGAAUUCCACGUCUUCUGAAACUACCACAGAACCCUGUGACACCACGACGGAGCCAUGUCUGAAUUCCACGUCUUCAAAAACGACGAAUGAGCCAUGUGAGACCACGACGGAUCCAUUUGAGACUACCACGGAGCCAUGUGAGACUACCACGGAGCCAUGUCUGAAUUCCACGUCUUCUGAAACUACCACAGAACCCUGUGACACCACGACGGAGCCAUGUCUGAAUUCCACGUCUUCGGAAACGACGACUGAGCCAUGUGAGACCACGACGGAUCCAUUUGAGACUACCACGGAGCCAUGUCUGAAUUCCACGUCUUCGGAAACGACGACUGAGCCAUGUGAGACCACGACGGAGCCAUGUAAGACUAAUACGGAGCCAUUUCUAAAUUCCACGUCUUCGGAAACGACGAAUGAGCCAUGUGAGACCACGACGGAUCCAUGUCUGAAUGCCACGUCUUCAAAAACGACGAAUGAGCCAUGUGAGACCACGACGGAUCCAUUUGAGACUACCACGGAGCCAUGUGAGACUACCACGGAGCCAUGUAUGAAUUCCACGUCUUCUGAAACUACCACAGAACCCUGUGACACCACGACGGAGCCAUGUCUGAAUUCCACGUCUUCGGAAAUGACGACUGAGCCAUGUGAGACCACGACGGAGCCAUGUAAGACUACCACGGAGCCAUGUCUAAAUUCCACGUCUUCGGAAACGACGAAUGAGCCAUGUGAGACCACGACGGAUCCAUUUGAGACUACCACGGAGCCAUGUCUGAAUUCCACGUCUUCCGAAACUACCACAGAACCCUGUGAGACUACCACGGAGCCAUGUCUGAAUUCCACGUUUUCGGAAACUACCACGGAGCCAUUGGAGACAACCACGGAGCCUUGUCUGAAUUCGACGUCUUCUGUAACAAGUACAGAGCCAUGUGAGACUACUACGGAGCCAUGUGAGACUACUACGGAGCCAUUGGAGACAACCACGGAACCUUUUCUGAAUUCGAUGUCUUCUGAAACAAGUAUAGAGCCAUGUGAGACUCUUACGUCUUCUGCAACAACCCUGUAA